AGACCGCUCCUGCGACCUUACAGAAAUAGAGUACUAAUGGUACUUAACAUGAGCUUGUAUAGGCCCAUGGCGACCAACAAGCGCCAUCGUCUGUGGCAUGAUCGCCACCGCCGACAAGAGACGUGCAUAUGUCCCGCUUUGCCUUCCCACUUAGCCAGCGAGCCGGCGAAUCUGGAGAGUGUGUGACUUGCAACCAUCACUGGCAUCACUAUCACUGGAAUCUCAACCAAUUCUGCCUCAUCGCAAAGUACCCAUUGGACGAAAAGCAUGCAUGGAAAUCCACCUGGAUGUCCAUCAUAGGCCACGGAUACCGCGAGCCCUUAUGUGUUUCCUAUCCAUGCAUGUCCGCCUAGGCACAUUGGCAUGGUUGUGGCGGUGAUGGGCCCAGCCUUCGCGUUCGCGAUCCCACCCUGCACAGUUCCUACCUUAGUCUCCUCCAAAAUGGCAAGAUGUGGCCUUCGAUUUGCCUGCUUGUGGUAUAGGAGCUCUGCUUCGCCGAUUCAACUGCGUCUCGGCGUCUCCUAUUGCUUCGCUCAUGCAGGGCCCAUGGUCGUGCUCGACGAGUCGUAUCGCGAUGUUCGUUGGGUUGAUCGCCAUGAGCAAUACUCGUCCUAUACAAGACUGCUCUUUCGCCUCUUUCAGAUACACCUUUCCAUCUAUCCCAGGCUACUCCCAGCCCACGCCCCCCAUCAAUUCGACUGUUUAAGACAUCCCGGGUCUUACUUUCCUAUCGACAAGCGCCCUUCCAGAAUCCGCACCAUCGACCCCGCCACCGAGACCGGUCUCCACUUGGGAUCUGUCAAACAGACGGCCCCAUCAGUGUGUUGACCUCCACAACGGAGCGGUAACUUGGACCAUAGAGGUCGAGGCUGCGUGCCCGUAAAGACCAUUGGAUAUGUACAGCAACUACCGCCACUGCCGUCUAUAUUUCGCCCCCAUAUAUACUUGUUCCCGGAGCAUUGCACGCCGUUUGCCGUUUAUCAUCGCAUUUUUUAUCCCACCUCCUGCCUUCGUUUGCCUGGGUGCUCGCAACGGGAACAACUUCUACUAUUGUUUGAUACAUAGUGGAACUCGCCUUUUGACCCUGCGUUUUAUUUCUGACUGCCUUUAUUGCAAGAUUUAAUUAAUCGUCCUCGCGGGCGUGGCUAUUUCUUCGUACGGAUACCGACGACAAUAAAGCAUCAGUUCCUACGGAUGACUAUGCUGAAUAUAAUAUCAAGCGCAUCUUCAUAAUCCAACGUUCUCCUAGAAACAUCGCAUAUAGGGCAUGAGGGGCGUUGAUUUAUAAUGGCCUCGUAUAGAUCUGGGUUUGAUCCGCCCACGAGGCCUGAAUACAGAUAUCAAGAUACAAGGACUGGACAUUACGUGGCCAACUCAACUCGCGUCCAAGGAGCGAAGCGUGUGGAAAGGCCUUUUGAAGAGACGGUAAAGAUGAGAGUGCCGGUGCAGAUGGAACCAAGGCUGGAAGCGCCAAAGAAUUAUGGACGCCCAUCGAAUCUGCCAAAGCCUCGCACAGGUGCGAAUCCAUCGGAAUAUAUGCCCACUGGAAGAUCGAACUUUGGCUUUCGUCGACCUUCUGCGGCACGAUCUACCGACGACAAGUCCGAGCCACAACAGCCGCGAAACCUGAGAAAGAAACCAUCCAUUAUUACACAACCGAUCAAGAAUACCUACCCCAAUAACCUGGCAGAUCCUUCUCCACCAUGGCCACUGCAACAGUCGAAACAACACAACCAAGUUUCCAUGCGAGCCCCCGAGGAACUCGGAUUUUGUGCCGAACCGACAAUACCCGUCCUCGAUAACCCACCCCAGAUAAUACCUGAGCUAGAUAGAUAUCGCUUUGGAACAACUGCGCCUGCAAACCUGUAUCAGAGGGAUGUGUCGGAUAUACCGUACAAGCUGUCGACACAGGACUUGCCGCCAAACCCUACUCCGUUGAGCUCAGGACUUAGUGGCCAUAGCCAGUACAGUGUCUUCAGCGGAUACAGUGCAAGCCCAUCAACCCGGUUCUCCGAAUCACCUGCGCCUGGGCCUUACAGUAGGGACACUACCCCUACUUCGAUGUCUUCGCAGUCUCCUGGACUUAUGGUUCCCCUCAGAGGGACACCUCGUUUGCGGCAAGGAAGCCCUAUGGACAAUCGUCCCCCAGUAACUAGAAGGCGCAUGGGCAGCGCCUCAGAGGAAAACGACGCCGUAGCACCUGAUGUAAAUGGGCUUCCUGCACUUCGAGAAUCACUUACCUCCUCUUCAUCCAGCUCCACUGUCAAGGAUCGAAGGAAAGAUAAGAAAAAUGAUAGCGCUAAGAAAAAGACGACGCGUUUGUCACCUCUACCUCCCAGCCCGCCUCCGAGAAGGUCAUCGCAGAAAUUCAAAGAAGCUUCCUCGACAGAUAACUCGCCAUCGAAGGCAUCAAAAUCCCCUGCUCGCCCGGUUAUGAAUGCCGCGCCAGCCACAAAUGUCCCAAACAGGAAUGUCACUUCGCCGCGGACUAACAUCAAGUCGUCAAACCUUGGACAGGCCGUCGCACCACCUCGACGACCCAGUCGCGAUGGCACGCCAGAUCUUCGAGGUAUCAAAGAUACUGUCAACGUUGUGCAAUCGAAUUUAUCAGGGGUUCCUGCGGCAGCAGACCGUCGUUUAAGUGGACAAGGGUUUGGCGGUGGCCCCACCGCUUCAUCUCAAGCAGGAGCUGCUACCCGUCCUGGCACGAAAUCUUGCCUGCCGAGAAGUGGUGCUCCAAGCCCAGUGAAUCAAAUACAGCGCGAGCCUACACCUUCACCAGCUGGUCUUGGUAUUAUUCCUGAUCUUCGUCCUGAACCGACCCAAACGCGCCCUGGUCUUCGCACACCCAGCCCGUCCGCAGAAGUACCUAAACAUCGCUUUGGAUUAUUUGGCAGGCGCACAAAAACUGCCCCUGGAGAUAUUCCGACCACCGAUAAACAGGAGAAGACAACAAGAAAAGGCCCGGCUGCUGGAACGGGCCACGAGGGAUAUCGCUUUGGAUCUCGUGGACACAACACUACCGGCAACCGGGAAAGGAGGCCGAGUAAUGCGGGCUCCAUCGGCUCUCAAGAUAGCUAUUCGAGUCUAACUGCGAUGCACGAUCCCUUCUUGUCGCAGAGAAUGAGCCCAGUCGUCAUUUCUGGAGGGGGCGAGGUCAAAGAAAACUUUAACAACAGUCUGGCUCUCAGCCGCACCGAAAGCAACCAGAGCCUGCCUUUGACACUCCCAAGCCUGGAAUCAAAAGGCAGCGCCAUGUCGUCGAGGUCCAACCUCAGUAGUGAAGCUCAGAGGGCGACAUUGUGGCCAUCGGCGAUGCCGCGGAACGCCACUGCGAACAAUAGCUCAGUGUCUCUCGCUUCAAAAGCCACUUCUGAUACUAGUGACAGUGAUAGCUUCUACCCCAAGAAGUCCCUUGCUGUGAGAAGGUCACUACUACGACUCAAUAAGAGUGAGCUUCAGAGCCUGAAUCUCCCAGCUCCAAUCAAGAUACCCGCUGCUGGCGAAUCAGGACCGAGCAGUCUAGAUACUGCGUAUGUUUCCGAUGGAUCACGAGCAGACCGAGGAAGGAAAGUGAAUGGACCCAAUAAGCUUACGAAGCGCACCACCUCGCCAGCGAAAAAGUGGAAUUUCUUCCAACGAGCGAAGAACGCGAAGAUGGAGCAGAAACCAGUGCCUGUGGUUGUUUCACCGGAGGAGAAAGAUGUCCCAUUUUACGCUAUUAUGGAUUCAUCUGAGCCAGAUGAGGACAGGGUCUUGAGCGCCGAAGACAUUGAAAAUAUUUUGCGAGAAGCUGAGACUGCACAGUUGCUGAACUCUGGGAAAUCGAGCGAUAUGCUGCCGCCGCCAAAAACUCCUGUUUCAAAACCAUCACCAGCACCAACUCAGCAAGAUGUUACAGCAACGGCUCCAAAUGGUCCAGAAAUACCGAAAAUGUGGAAAAUGGAAGAGCGGCCUGAGCCAGCAGCUGCUCGACCAAGCAGACUCGCCCAAGUUGGUCGCAUUCCGAGAGUCGUCCAAGCCAGGCCUGACACUACUUCCCCAAAGUCAUUCUCUCGUCCUUUUGCGAGGAUUACCAUGAUCAAGGAGACUCGGGUGCUCUCUAUUGUCGACCCAAGCUCUGUUGCAAAUGGCCCAAGCCCAGAGAGGUCUCCAAACCGGCAACCACUUCCAGCUUCCCAGCAACAAACUGACCGCCAGCCGCCUUUCCUUGUAAUAUCGCCAAGGAAAGGCUCCGAGACCGGCACUAGUUUCAGCUCUGGUACUGGAAGCAGCUACGCCGGAACUACGGCCAUUAUACCAAAAGCUGACGAUGCUUUAGAAGAGGACGAGGUCUGGUUUGAGUAUGAUGAUCUGAUCGGCCAGACCGAUGCUGAUAAGGUCCCUCUAUCGGCUACUUCCUCGCAUGGUGUGCCAUUCCAAUACGAAGAAUUUGAGACUAGACGAACCCGACAGUAUCAAGCCAAGGAGUCGCCUGUCAUUGAUGCUGUGGCUGUGAUGCCACCAACUGAUGAGAGGUCGAGGGUGCCAAAAUUGGCCGAUCCCCGCCCUCCAAGUCUGAGGACAACGGUCAGGAACGCCCUUGGAGCUCCUAGCCCUACCACAGCAAUGUCUUUUACGGACGUUAUAUUGGUGUAUGGUGAUAGAACUUCCAGCGGUGCUAAGGCUAGGCGUAUUUCAUCUUACCACAGCCAAAACGAGCUACGACCCACAUCGGGACAUUCGAAGUCUGCCUCAACGAGCGAUGUAUCUCGUCGGUCUAACGAGUUGGAUGCACCGAAGUUGGAACCAGUUCAAGAGUCGCCAGCCGCCCAGGUCAACCUCCGCAUUGGCUCGAUGACUGUUAGCAAGUGGCUGACUUUCGGACAUGUUCUUUUCAGCCCUGCACGCGAGUUGCUUCUCAACCCAGAUCACACAAAGCAUCACUCUAUUCUCGUGAUUGAUGGACUUGGUAACGAUGACUGGUCUUUUUACGCCGCAGAGACAUACCCGGAGACUACCUUUUACAAUCUCUCGCCCACACCUGGCCGCAACAGCGGCAAGCGCAUGUCAGUAUCGGCUGUUGCUAUUCCUGCACCCCCGGAAAACCACCGCCAGGUGCAGCAUAUGGACUUGAUGUCGAAGUUUCCGUUCACCCCGAGCACAUUCACGGUCGUUGUCCUCCGUUUCCCACCUGCAGGCCCGGAAUCCCUGAUGAAGCAUCUGAUUGCUGAGUCUAAGCGCGUGCUCAAGCUUUCCGGGUACCUCGAGAUGUCAAUACUGGACCUCGACAUGAUGAACAUGGGCCCCAAGACAAGGCGUGCAGUUCGGAAGCUCAAGAUCGGCAUUAGCGCGCGGAACCCAGAGGUCAAUUUGGUCUCCAUGGCCGAUACGGUGCUGCGACUAACUGGCAAGCGAGGCUUCACUGAUGUGAAGAGUUGCAAUGUCGGCGUCCCUGUUGCGAGUGUUGUGCCCAAUACCUCCAGCGACGGCACGCCAGGAAGCAGUGACGGCGGGUUGAAGAAGGAUGUCAGCUUGGCUGACCUGAUGAAAGAUUCGAGUGCCCAAGGUGACGAGGGUAUCACGAAGAUGGUGGCGAAGGUCGGGAGAUGGUGGUUCAGCCGGUGCUAUGAAAGCGAUGCCUUGGCACCUAGCGCCAAUGGACCGAGCAUAUUUGCCGAUGACAAGGUCAUCGAGGAGGCGGAGAGGUGGGAGACGAAUUUCAAGCUACUGGUUGCUUACGCGCAGAAGCCCGAGGUGCCGAGGCGAGGGACGGCGAGCGUCUGAGGUUGCAUUUGGAGUUUUGUACUGUUAAGUGUUAGCGUUUCAGCCUGCAUGUUAUACAGCCGUUGUUUGUUUGGGCUGCUGUUUUUUUAUUUCAUUUUGGUUUGAGCGACGCAUAUUUGGGCGACUUAAUGCGAUCAUUCCUGCAUCGAAGACGAUAAAGGCGCGAGCCUCAUCUUAUCUCAUCUCAUUCAUGGAGCAACAGACUCCUUUCGCUUCGCGGUCACGGGUUGGCUUAUUAUCAGCAGGCUGGUUACUGAGUAUGGAGGAUUUAUUUUGGGAUUGGAUGAGGUUUAUGGGUUGGAUAUGGUGUCAUGGCUGAUGAGGAUACGGGAUGAAGGACGAGAGAUGACUGUGAUGCUUAAUGUGCAUAGAGAUAC